UGUUGACUAGACUACAAUACGUAAUUGACAAUUUUACGUGUGAUGAAGAGAUAAGUCACUGGGUAGUUGAUGAUGAUUGUAUUGAGUUAUGUGGUUAUGUAGACGAAGUAGUAGGUAUGAAAAAGGUGGUCGUCGGAAGAGCCUUCAAUGACAGGAUUAUCAAUCUUCUGUCAGUCAUUGUUAAUAAUGGUGGCAACAGUCGAAUCUGCGUUCUGUUUUGGGGAGACACAGCUACCCAACUUUUUGGUAACUUAUCUGAACGAUCCAUCAUUACUAUCAAACGUGCAAAGGCGCAAAAACGGAAUUCUCAGUUUCACGACCCAGAAGAUGGUGUGGGACCCAUUGAAUUAUCAACAACGCAAGUAUCUACUGUUGUUAUUGAAAACUUUUUAUUUCACCCUCUAAAAGUUCCCAUUCCACCACAACAUCAAGGAAAUUCCUGUUUAGUUCAACGAAGAAGCGAAGACCUACUUCAGGAUUAAAAUCAACUGCCGUUGAUUAACUGCUGGCAGAAAUAUUUGCUUUUUUAUUUGUCAGUUUGAUUAAAUUCUCGAUUCAGUUUUUUUUUUUUAAAGAAGACUUAGUUUUCUGUAUUUUAAUAUAUUUUUUUUUUAUUAUAUCUAUCAUUAGUUGUGAUACUUAUCGCAGUGUUAGUCAGUAAAUACAAAGACUAUUACAUGUUACCGGAUACCUGAUAUAUGUAUAAUAAUCAUAUCAUCGUUAAUUAAAUGUACUGAAAGUACGUAAUUUUAAUUUAUAAGAACUGCGAUAGGUUACAAAUGGUAAUAUUAAGAUAAAUAUAAUGUUUUUAUUUUCUGUAUUGAAUAAAUAAAUAAUAAUUUAAAUAAUUAUUUCUAAUUCAAAAUUUUACUUAAGGAAAUUAUGUGUUCAUAUUUCAGAGUCGAAGGCGAAAUUGUCAAGGUACUUAUUUAUUUUUAUUUUUAAAUUUUAUUUAACGUUAUCAAAUUAAAAUUAUAUGAGUGU